UAUUUUUCCGGUUGCUGUGAUAUAGAAGUUCGAUACGACAAACAGAAGUUCUUUAAGCUGUUAUAUAACAAGUGAUUCGUGAUUUGUGUUGAUUUAGACCCGACUGCUGUGACGAAUAGAAUAGAAGCAAAUACUUGGUUAAGGGUAUAUCAAUAAACAGUAUGCACAUUGUCUGAUAAAUAAGCAUUUGUGACUCAGAGUUGUGCGUGCGAACAAUAAUGCUAAAAAAGGAAUUUAUAAUUUUGCUUUUAAUUACCUUUACAGGUAUAAGAUGCUCAAUUCUAGAUGAAUUAUUCCGGAACAUGACAUCAGACUACCAGGCAGAAACAAGACCCAUGUGUAAAGCAUCGUCCAUCACAGAAGUGUACAUUGACUUUGCAUUAAGACAAAUUGUUGAUCUAGAAGAGCCAAGACAAUUUUUGAAUUCUAUUCUAUGGGUUCGAAUGGAAUGGGAAGAUUGUAGGUUAAAAUGGAAUGCUAGUAAUUUCGAAGGAAUAAAUGACAUCAUUGUUCCACAGAAUAAAGUCUGGGUGCCAGAUCUCACCUUAUAUGAUAAUGCAGCAGCAGAUAAAUUAUCUGGAAUAGAUGAUUAUAACCUGGCCAUACAUAGCAAUGGUGUAAUCAAGUUUAAUUUUCCUUCAUUGCUGAGAAGCGUUUGUGCUGUAGAUGUCACACAUUUCCCAUUUGACUAUCAAGUGUGUAACCUCACAUUUGGUUCAUGGGCAUACAGUGGUAACCAAGUUAACGUCAUUAAUAUAUCAACAAAGGCGGAUAUGUCGUCAUACGUUUUAAACUCGGAGUGGCAAGUUUUUGAUUGUCCAAUAGAUCGACCAGUUACAUAUUACGGACAAGAUCCUUAUCCAACUUUGGUAGUGCAACUUCUCUUAGAG